GGGUGUCACCCUCCUCCGUCCUCUUAAAAGGACGCGGAGCCUCCGUCUGCGCUCAUCCACUCGCUCCUUCCUCCCGUGCGCGCUCCUCCCUGCUUGCUUCCUUCCCUUCCCUUGCCUGCCUGCCUUUACCACCCCGCUCCUCCACGCUUGCCCUCCAUCGUCCGCACAAAGCUACUCGAAUGAACGGCUCCGCUCCCACUCACCUUAGCGGCGGCGGCAGCAGCAGCAACGGCGGCGGCGGCGUCGUGCGCAAGCGACGGAUGCGAUUCGCUUUCCCGCGGGCCAAGCGCAACAGAGUGGGGGGCAUUCCCGAGCCCAGCAUGACUGUGGGACGCGAACGGGCGGCCAACGACGAAAACAUCUGCCCGAUCGAGAGCAUGGAGCACGUGGGAGCUGUUGAGCAGGCGCUGGAGGACCUCCUACUGGGCUCCAACAGGCACGGCCAUCUCACCGUCGGCGUUUACGAAGCGGCCAAACUUCUGAACAUUGACCCAGACAGCGUGGUGCUCUGUCUCCUGGCCGCCGACGCGGACGAGGAGUCUGACCUGGCCCUGCAGAUCCACUUCACGCUCAUCCAGGCCUUCUGCGGCGACAACGACAUCGAUGUGAUCCGAGUGCGCGGCGUGGAGCGUCUCGCUCAGCUGCUCGCGAUGAGCGGCGGUGUUGGCGCGGGACGCGUGAGCGCUCCCAGCGGCGUGGUGGGAGCCGCAGGCUGCGAGGGCGACGAUGCGUCGUGCUGCACCGCCACCACCACCACCACCUCCUCCUACUUCUCCUACGCGGCUGACGAGCCCCGAGACCUGCACUGCCUGCUGCUCACGGCGCCCCUGCCGGCGGCGCCGCUGCGCACCGUAGCGGCGUUCUGCGCAGACAGCCGCCACAACAAUCAGUGGGUGCCGUGUCUGAACCUCGCCGAGCGAUGAGGCGGCCAGGCGCAGCCACGAUGGGCAACGGCUGCAGCAGCAGCAGUGGCUACAGCAGCAGCAGCUAUGUCGAUAUAGCAGCAGCGGCAGCAGCGGUGAGCAGAGAUGAGCAGUUGCAACGCUCCCAAAUGGCCCCGCGAUUAUAUUGAUGAGUUAAGAUGAAGAUGAUAAGGGAUCAGAAUAUUGAUGAUGAUGCUGAUGGUGAUUAGUGAUGAUGAUGAUUUAAAAAGAGGGAGCACGAUUAUUAAAAUGUUAACGAUGAUCGAGAGGAGGAGGAUGAUGAGCGCGGAAGGUCGCCGAUCGUGAUGAUGAUAUCUCCGUCAGUUUUUUGUUGUUGCUCCGGCUGCGCCAAGGAGGAGAGACGCUCUCGACACCCCGAUGUGGAAGUUGUAGGGGAUGUUUCGAUCGAGCACAGAGCAUAGUAGCGACGGCGAACCUCGACAACAAGAGCGGAAUCCAGUGCCCCAAGUGGGAUGGGUGGAACUCGAUUUAAGAAGAUAACAAAAUACACUUUUUGUGGUACGGACUUGCACUGUUGCAGUACACUCAUUCAAGAAGACACGAGGUGGACAACUCGUGGACUUUCUCGUGAAUAAUAUUAAAUGUGCGUGUGAGAGAAAAUUCAACUCUCACACGAUGCACAUUCACACACAAAGGCACAAUCGUGGCAGCAUCAUGAACAUAACUCCUAAGCAGGUUUUAUGGUGCACCACGCAAACACAGAGCGCAUCCACAGUAUUGCUCAACAAGCCUGGGCAGGGCAGAGGAAAGAGUGGGGCUGUGGUAGGAGGGAGGGGGGUGGAGGCUCUCCGUGGGUCUGUGCGUCACUGUGACGCUUUGGUGGCUUUGGGGAAACUCGUUCUCGACUUGGACCGUUUCCGCCCGCACGGUUAACGGCAGGCACGUGGGUGGGAAUGUGUGGGGUGGGGUUGGGAGUCUCCGCGCAUGCGUACAGCCACUUUCGACGGCAGUUCUUGAUGCAUUAUUAGCAACGCCGAAAUGAUGAUGAUGAUGCUUUGUGGUGAUGAUAUUCCAAAUGCUGUUUUUUUUUGUGACUAAAUGUGGUCGUGGAUCUCGACUGCGUGUGCGUUCAAACAUGCUUGGUAAUCUUAACGAACAGUCGGAUGGUGGUAGCGUUUUGUGUGCAUUGUGUAUAUAUUUUUUAUUGGCCUAAUUUAAACAAUGACAAGGUUAAACAAUGUCUGCAAUAUCCCUACUACUGUAGUUUUGUUUUGUUGGCUGCAACAGAGGCGACUUGAAACGUCAACUCGCCCACGUGGGCAAUGCGUGUGCAGACUCUCAGUGUUUCUCGCAUCGUGUGGAUCUUGUGAUUUUUUUUUUUCAUAUUAAGGACACGUGGUGUGUUUGUGACGGGGGGUCAGGAUUUGUCAACCCCCUUUUGUUGUGUUCAAGUCUCGACAAUCUCGUCAAGUGAAUUUUGUUGACGCACGAGUCCUGCCGGUUAAUGUUUUUUGAGACUCAAAAGUUAAAGUCACGAUCCACGAGUUGGUGUUCUUACCUGGGGUAUUUUUUGAAGAGAAACUAAAUUGAUUUUGCAAUCAAUGUAGCGGCCUCAAGCGGUUGUGAGUCCCCGACACGCGAUUUCGAUUCAUCCCGCCCACGUGUGUUGCAUUGCACCAAGGGAUGAUGAUGAUGAUGAUCCUCGAUUACGCGUUUUGCUACCCAGAUUGCACCUCCAAUGCAUAUUCGCCGGUGUGUACUCGCUGGAGUUGCAGCCGUGCCAGGCUAGGUUCACACACACGACGAUGUAUGAAUCGUCAUGACGUGGACGUUUUCAUGACUUGUGUCAUUAUUUAUAACUUUGUUUGGUUUUGUGUUCAACCAUUUGGCAUAAUUUUUUAUUUAUAUAUAAACUCGUAUUAUGGUUAUAGUUGAGUUUUUUCCCUUCCGUGCAAUGUUAUCUUAAGUUCGUGUAUUUAUGCAAUUUAUUUAACACAAAGCGAUGUUUGCGCGUGCAUUUCAGAAUCCCUUUUUUUACAAUCCUCAAAAUUGUACAUUAAAAAAAAAAACUUUACAUAAAAAAAAAUACC